AUGCGACUUAGCCACACGAUGGAAAAGAACAUCUGCUAUCGGCAACGAAGGAGAAAAGAAGUCGUCUACGACGAUUGCGUACUCGAGAACUCCUUGUCCCAAGGUGACUGGCACAUCGAGGAGGACCCAAACGUGGACCACGAGAUGCUGCUCAGAGGAUUACGAGCCUGUGCUGAACGAAGCCGCGCACGACAAACUCAGACAGACAAUGCACAAAUUUCGAAGACCACCAAGGAAUUGUUGGAAAGAAGAAGGGCUUUGAGGCUUGAUCCGAAUGUGUCGCACACUGAGCGGUUAGUAGCAAACACUAGGUGCAGAAAAGCGUUGCAGGAGGAUCUUAUGAAGUACAGGCAGAAGAAGAUUCUGGAAGCAGCACAAAGAAGAACGAGUCUAAGGAGGUGGCGCAGGGAUCUCUUCGAAUAUAAUAUUCCGCUAGCAACCUUGCUGAGCGAAGACGGGACUCGCACGUCUUCUCGUCGUGAGAUGGAAAUCGUUGAAACGGAGAGGUUCUACUCGAACCUUUUCCGUUCAUCAACUCCUGUGUCAAGCCCGAUCAUCCCCACUGGUGAAGUUCCACCACGGAUUCUCUCUUCGAAAGUACGAGUAGCUAUCAAAAGCAUGAAACCUGGCACAACCCCCGGACCUGAUUUUAGAUCAGCAGACUUUCUUCGGGUUGGUGGCCAUCCGUUUCAUGAAAUCUCAGCAGCGUACAUGACAUCCUAUCUUCAGGAAGAAAGGAUUCCAGACUAG